AUGGAGAAAUACCAUGUUUUGGAGGUGAUUGGAGAAGGCUCCUUUGGAAGGGUAUAUAAGGGACGUCGCAAAUACAGUGCCCAGGUGGUGGCCUUGAAGUUUAUCCCCAAAGUCGGUCGAUCACAGAAAGAGCUAAAGAAUUUGCAGCGAGAGAUUGAGAUCAUGAGGGGGCUUCAUCAUCCCAACAUUGUGCAAAUGCUUGACAGUUUUGAGACUGACAAAGAGGUGGUGGUAGUGACAGAUUAUGCUGAAGGGGAGCUUUUCCAAAUCCUUGAAGAUGAUGGGAACCUGCCUGAGGAACAGGUGCAGGACAUUGCAUCUCAGCUAGUUUCAGCCCUCUAUUAUCUGCAUUCCCAUCGCAUCCUACACCGGGACAUGAAACCUCAGAAUAUCCUGCUGGGGAAAGGGGGUGUGGUCAAGCUGUGUGACUUCGGAUUUGCCCGUGCAAUGAGCAUCCACACCAUGGUGCUGACGUCUAUUAAGGGAACUCCGCUGUAUAUGUCCCCCGAGCUAGUGGAGGAGAAGCCCUAUGACCACACAGCUGACCUGUGGUCAGUAGGCUGCAUUCUGUACGAACUCUAUGUGGGGACACCACCCUUCUACACCAACAGCAUCUUCCAGUUGGUCAGCCUGAUUAUCAAGGACCCCAUCAAAUGGCCUAAAAACAUGAGCCCCCACUUCAAGAACUUCUUGCAAGGUCUGCUGAUGAAGGAUCCUCGUCAGCGCCUGUCCUGGCCGGAGCUGCUCUACCAUCCUUUCAUUGCUGGGCUGGUCACUGUGAUUGAUGACACAGCCGAGCAAGGCAUUGCCAAUCCUUUCACCAGCAAACUACCUCCUGAACUGCAGGCCUUGAAAGAACAGCAGACACAUUCAUUGGCCCCUCACAGCGGCCAGUCAAAAAUCUUGAGGAAAGCACGGCAGAAGAUGGCCCAAGAAGCUCAGAAAAAAGAACUGGUGAAAAACAAAACUCUAUCUAAGGGAGAAAGCAUCAAAGGAUCCCAGGGCCACCCCCACAAAAGCCACCUUAGUCAGACGUCCACCAAGGAAGGAAAAACAGCUGCCAGCACCAGAGAACAGAGGCACCCUUCUCUGGAUGAAGAGGGAACAGAGUGGGAGCAAAAAGAACCUUCCCCCACACCUCGAGAGAACUUGAUUACGCAAGAUUAUGAAAAGGAGUUUCUGGAUAUAAGACCUGAAAUCGGCAAAGUAGAGACACAAGGCAGCCGUAGCAUUGAUACUGUAGAAUUAGAGACAGAGGAGUUGGAUAGUGAUGAAGAGUGGCAACACCUGAUGGAUGCCACAGAUCCUGCGCAUGUGCAGCUUAAUGCCCCACUGAGUCUUCUGCGGGACACCACCUUUGUGCAGCGCAUCCAUGCCCGGCUCAGGGACUCUGGUCAGCAAGUCCUGGAGGGGAUGUUCGAAGGAACUUCUCAUCUUCGUCCUGCUCUCCGUGUCAUUGGCAAUUUGCUAGGUACCCACUGUGACUCAGAGCUGUUGUACAACUUCUGCAGUGUCAUAAGACUGCCCCACUUUCUCAUGCAAUUAGUGGGAAGCAUCUUGGAGAACUUCAAUAUUAAGCAGCAGCCCUGGUAUGUCACACUGCUAAUAGACCUAAUCGCUGUGAUGUCAGCCUACUUUGUCAGUGAUUUCAACCGAGAACAGGAUGGGAAAAAGCAAAGUUUUCAGGCAUUCCACAGUUCUGCUAGUCAGUUUUUAGCCUUGCUUCCCACACUGAUGGCACUGCCCACAGAUCAAGAGUUCAGGCUGCGAGAGCAAAGUCUCAUGUGCUUUACUUGCUUGUGUGAAAGCAUGGAUGUUGCCUGCCCCUCCGUCUCCACCCCUUUCUACAACAGUUUGUUUGAGGAUCAUGGGCUUCUGUUGGAUGUCCUCUGCCAUGGCGCCAGUGGGAGAACCUUAAAAGAGCCACCGAAGGAGGCAAAGUCAGUGCAGGACUGGAAUGAAUGCCUGGUGGCAGCAUAUGCAGCCGCUCUAGCUGCAUCCUGUGGCAUCCCAGGAGGGCACGGCACGUGUCAUAAGGCCAAAAAGCAGAUCUCCCAGCAAAUAGCUGAGAAGCUCACUGAGGAAGGUAACCAGUUGCUGCCCAGACUCUUUGCAAGACUUGAACAUCCAGCCUUUCAUUUGACUGGCCUAAAGCUCCUGUAUGCCUGUUGUCAUGUAAGUCAGAAUCUGUGCUGCCUUGUAGCGACUCAAGAGGUGCUGAGUUCCCUGAUCAGUCAUCUGCAAGGAAAGGUCCCACUGGCAGAACAGGCACAAGUGCAGGCAGCCGAAGCCUCCCUUAGACUUCUCUCCGUGCUGCUUCUCCAGUUACAGAGUCUCCCGCCACAGUCAGAUGCUGUGCUGAAAGAGACCACAGAGCUUUUCAACCAUGUAGCAGCUGCUUCUGUUUUAAGUGCUGCAGGACUGCUACUGACCCACUUCAGCCAGUACGGUGCUGCUGUGAAACUCAGGCGGGACAAGGCCUUUGCAGGAAUAGCUACGGCACUCACAGAACCUGCACAGCUGUGCCUGCCACCUCCCAUGGAAGCUGGUUUCUACGACGGGCUCAUCCUCUUGUUACUGCAGCUCUUAAGCCAGGAGGAUGCAUCGGUGGUACGGGAAUUCACUGGGUCGGACCUUUGGAACAUUGUGUGGCAUCGCUUUGCCAUGGUGCUCCGCUUGACCAAGGGGGCCCCAGUAAUGGAAAGUGAGACCCCAAGAGCUGGCCAGCGUGUACCAGAGCCAGAGUGGAACCUCAUCUCACCACAAGGAACCUUGCUGUUCCUCAGCCUUGUUCUCCACAUCUUCCAACGUGAACCUCAUCAGUGUCUUCUCCAGCUGGCUCAGCCCAAUGGAGUUAUCAUGGCAACCCUCAGCAAACUGCUUAGCCUUGACUACCUGGAGAACUUGGCACAGACGCAGAUGCGAGACGAUGGUGAUCCAGAGCUGGUAUCUGCUGUUGUGCUCCAAGUAUGCCAGCUCUUCUGUUUCCCCUUCGCACUGGAUAUACACCCUGAAACCUUAGAGCUGAUCAUGACAGGCCUGAGGGAUUCUGAGAUCCCUGCUCAGUUGCUCCCGGUCUGCAUUCACUAUCUUCCCUUCUUGGACACAGAGCUGCCAUUGAGCCUUUUGUGCCACUUAGUGCUGACUGACGAGAGACUCAUUGAGCAAGUGAUGCGGAUGGCUGCCUCUGAGCAUGCUGUUGCCUUCUUGUCCGCCGUUUUGCUCUCUGACCAGGUAGCCCUCAUUGUAGACCUGCUCUCGUGGCUCACACACGUAGCCCGUGCUGGUGCAACUCAUCUGCCUUUCCUACAGCAGUUCCUGUGUGGCUGUGACACGGCCCCUCAGCCACUAAGCCGUCUUUUGUGUCACCGGGAGCACUUAGUCCGUGCCAGAGCCUGUAGCCUUGUGGGCAACCUGUUGCGUCACGGACAGGACUUUCCUCAGGUGCUGCAGGGCCAGGCUGGGUUGCUGGAAUGUCUGCUGCAGUGUCUUUCAGAUGAGGAUGAACAUGUGCGCCGCUCAGCUAGCUUUGCCGUUGGGAAUGCAGCCUACCACGCUGGACUCUUCCUGCAGGCCCUUAGCAAAGCUGUCCCCGGGGUUGUCCGGCUCCUGGGCGAUCCUGUAGCUAAGACACGUUGCAAUGCUGCUUCAGCACUGGGAAACUUGGGCCGGCAGUCAGUGGAGCUGGGCGACUUGCUGAUCCAGAGCAGAGCCCCUGAUCUUCUGUUGGACGUGGCCUGCCAUGACUCCCAGCCAGCUGUGCAGAAGGCAGCACUCAUUGCCCUCCGGUCCAUUGGCCAGCAGCCCAGGAUCCACGAGGUGCUGGUAUCACUCAGAGCAAGUGAGAAGCUGGAAGUGCUUUCCUAUGAUGAGUCUCAAGCUACUGCUUUUAGCAGCUGUCUUCCUUCAUCAUCAAAACACUGCAAAGAAUUGAUCCACCUCCUGCAGCCCACAUAUAGUGCCUGAGAACUGAACUGGCCUUUCACGUGCUUGAAUGCAAUGGGAGUGCAAUCGCUUUAACUGGUGUUAGAAGAAGCCAUCGUAGAGAUAUUCGCAAACUGUCCCACUGCUUCUAAAUGGAGGCACUCCAGUUCUUCAUUGAGAAUAAGUGAACCCAUCCUAGAAGCCUUCUCAGAUCAACAGGCCAUGUAUGAAUCCUACCCUGUGUCUUCUCCCCAUUAUGAA